AGGUAAUUGGGGGUGACACAACGCUACCCAAGUAAGGGUCUCUCCAGCUCGCCUUGCAAAAGUCCGUUCUUCAACCAGUACCCUAAAUGACCUUAGCACCUUUUAACUUUCAACGUCUCAACGUCCCGAUAUAUGUUACUUCUACCCGCCUCGAGGUCCAGAAACGGUAUCACGUUCCUUGGUGUUUAUACACUUAUUUUCGGAAUUAUAGCACAGAAAUAGAAUCCUCCAAGUACCUACGCCUAUUCUUGCGAAUCAGUGCUUAAGCUACCUACCUCAUAUGGCUACCCGUAUCGAACGCCAUGGCGCCGCCUUAUAGGAACGCCUACGUCUACGAGCUCAACAAUUCCUACGACCCCUACGGGAAUGGCAGCGAUUUCCAAUCGAUCUGCGACGACAUAUAUGCCAGCAGUAGAAAUAUAGUACAGCGAAUAUGGACGUACAUAAACGGACCAGGUCGACACACGGCUUGGGGCUUGGCAGUAAAGGGGGGUCAACAAGUCCGGAGGAAUUUGACGCGACGGCGCCUCCUGAGCUUUCCGCAUGUGCUCGUAGUGCUUUGGAUGCUUGUCAUGCUCUGGGGUGAGCGAUGGAUAUUCGCGAGUCGGGUACAGAGUUGCGACUGGGACCAUUGGGAAGAUUGGCCCGCAGGAGCAACGCCGCAUCGAUUAAUAUUCGUCGCCGACCCCCAGAUUAUCGACCCCCACUCGUACCCCGGCCGUCCCUGGCCCAUCAACCCUUUAACUGUCGUUAUAACCGAUAACUAUAUGCGACGGUCAUAUACGCAAUUACAGAAGGUGCUACACCCGGAUACCGUGUUCUUCCUCGGUGACCUUUUCGACGGUGGAAGAGAGUGGAAGACGGCGCAUGGGAACUUCGACGACCCUGAGUGGGCAAAGGAUCACAGACCGGCAGAGGAGAAGAAGUAUCUGAAGGAGUGGCAUAAGAAAUAUGGCGAGGAUUUUUGGCUUCAAGAGUACAUGAGGUUCGGCGACAUAUUCUACGAAAAUUGGAAGCUUGGAGGUUUCAUCCCUAGUCCGGGACAGCGAGGGCGAAAACUCAUAUCGAGUCUACCCGGAAAUCAUGAUUUAGGUUUCGGAGCCGAGGUUAAGGUGCCUGUUAGGCAUCGAUUCGCCGCAUACUUCGGAGAGACGAAUAGGGUUGACGUGAUCGGAAACCACACUUUUGUGUCCGUAGAUACGGUAUCUCUAAGCGCCGGCACGUCACCAAUGAAGGAUCAAAUUGAUUUACGACCCAUCUACGGUCCAGCCCAGGAGUUCUUGAAAGAAGUUAAGGCGACGAAACGAAGAGCUGUUCAAAAAGAGGUGCGGUUCUGGAGGGGAGAAGUGGAAGAGGUGGCUUUUGAGCAAAAGGUCGAGGAGCUUAGCAAUGCUGACUACAGUAAUCCGCCGACGUUGGACCUAGGAAAUGAAGCGCCCGAUUUUCCAACGAUUCUUCUGACGCACGUGCCGCUAUGGCGAGACCCGGGAACUCCCUGCGGCCCGAUGCGAGAGCACUGGCCUCCCACAAAACCGCCUAAGGGACAGACUGGACCGGUUAUUCCAGACCAUCGAAAUGCUAUCAGUGUUUCAGGCGGAUAUCAGUAUCAGAAUGUUCUAAGUAUGGAGGAUUCGGUUAACCUGAUUAAGAGCAUCGGUAAUGUCAAACACGCAUUUUCCGGGGAUGAUCACGAUUACUGCGAGCUUGUGCAUACGCCGGACCAAGAGAACGUCCGGGAAAUCACGGUGAAGAGCCUCAGUAUGGCGAUGGGAGUGCCGACGCCGGGGUUCCAGAUGGUUUCUCUGUACAAUCCAAUCGAUGACCAGGGAAACCCCAUUCCGGGGUCGCCAAAAACUACGCUGCAGACUCAUUUGUGCCUGCUACCGACACAACUCUCGACGUAUAUGACAUAUGCCGUUUUAGGGAUCCUAACUAUCUUGAUAUUAAUAGCGAGAGCAUUCCUCGUUUCUGCUCUCAAUCUCCAGCCGUUCGCUCUAGAUGCCGACCAACGUUUUUCAUCAGCUAUCCUUCCGGUUUUCAAGGCGAAGGCGGAAAACGACGAAGGCUCUUACGACGCGAAGUCGGGCUCCCCGUGGACGUCAUCGACCAAAUUCCCGUCCGCCCGGGUGUCGUCCGCAAGGACACGAGGCCAGUCCAUCUCGAGCGGGCUGAACCCGCAAGUACGAGCCGCGUCCCCCAACACCAAGGGCAAGGCCAGCCCGGGCAAAUGGGGAUGGGGCCAGAACAGGGGCCCACGGAUAGAGAUCAGGAGAGACUCGUACUACGACGACAAGGACCGGGCGUGGAAGCCGGCGACGCGGCCUAGGAGUAGGAUGAGCACGGCCGGCAGAGAGAUCUGGACGACGUGCUGGAGGGUGGCUUGGAUGGUGCUGCUGUUCUUCGCUUACCUCACGUAUAAGGGAUGAAAGAUCGAUCGAUUUGCUGAACGGGGCCCGCGAUCGCGUGUACAAUCUUCGGGGAGGGGUUUUGGAAAAGGGAUAUGGAAAGAAAAGGGGAUUAACUCAUUACUACUACUGCUGCUGCUGCUCCUAAUGGUACCGUCCGGCGGAAAUGAGAUAGGUGGCGAUAUUCUAGUCGAAAGCAGAUCUUAUUUGUAAGCAAGCACCAGAGUUACCGAAUCGGAACGAGAUGAACAUGGCACAUAUAACCUACGACCGGCGGAGAGUAAGCGAGAUGGAGAUCUUGGCCGAUCGACCGAAAAGGGGGAUAUCUAUAACGAUCAGUCUUACUUGUUCGGUCCGGACGUAUGACACGGGACGAGACGAAGCUAGACGGGACGGUGUCUGGUCUCGUCAGCUCUAGUCUAGUCUAGUCUGAUUGGGUCUGUUCCGUUCUGUUUUGUAUAAUACAUACACACAUGCACACAUGCACAUACGCAUGCACGGCAUCCAUGCGUAUACGCCGUGCCUCGCGCCGCAGAAUGUCGAGCCUUGUGUAAAUUAAUGCUAGGUGCGUAGACGAGACGUCAGGCUAGAGUCAUAGCAGGGGCAGGAUAGGGCAGGGUAGGGCAAGGGGUAAUGGGGCGGAUGUUUAAUAUACCACGAAUCGAAUCGCGUUUUUUAUGCUUGACGUUUUAUAUUUUGACGUGCAGGAAUUCGGCAGCUUCUAGGGUGCUUUUGCAUAUUACUUCA